CCCCGCCUCCGCGUUCGUCUAGGCGCUCUCCCCACCUAGCCAUGCCAGAGCCAUCGCGGGCGGCUCCUGCUCCCAAGAAGGGCUCCAAGAAGGCCAUCACCAAGGCGCAGAAGAAGGACGGCAAGAAGCGCAAGCGCGGACGCAAGGAGAGCUACUCCAUCUACGUCUACAAGGUGCUGAAGCAGGUGCACCCCGACACCGGCAUCUCGUCCAAGGCCAUGGGCAUCAUGAACUCCUUCGUCAAUGACAUCUUCGAGCGCAUCGCCAGCGAGGCCUCCCGCCUGGCGCACUACAACAAGCGCUCCACCAUCACGUCCCGCGAGGUGCAGACGGCCGUGCGCCUGCUGCUGCCCGGUGAGCUGGCCAAGCACGCCGUGUCCGAGGGCACCAAGGCCGUCACCAAGUACACCAGCUCCAAAAAGGUUUGCUGUGUUCUUCUUGUCUUCGCCACAAAGUCGGAGAGGGCGCAGCACAGGCGAUCGCGCCAUGGAUCCCAUCCAAAGACAUGCGUGCGGUGUACGCCCUGCGCGUGAGGAGCAAGGGUCACCUCCAGGAAGAUCUUGUGCCACUUCCCCACCACCAGUGCCUCCUGGCGGCUGAGGCUGGAGGACGUGCUCAUUGAGGUCCGGGGAUGGGGGUGGGGAGGUUAUCUCGCAGUCCGGGCGCACGCACUUGGGGCUGUCCUCCCGCCCCCUCCUCAGCCACAACUAGACUCGGUGAGCUUGUAGCAAAAACCGUUUCAGCAGCGUUGCGCCUAAGUAGCUCUUUAUGCCACGCCUUCCUGCUUGAAGCAUCAAAACAGGCGCACAGAUUUCCUUAUCACUCAACUAGAAUCUCCCCAAUAAAGGAUUCA